AAAAAAAGAAGGUAAGAAAAAAAAAAGAAAAAUGAAAGCGAGGUUCUCGGGAACUUAAUCAGGAAGGGAGAGGGAAGCGAAGAAGAUGGCGAUGUUAGAGAUGAACAAUAGUAUUGUAAUAUUAUUAUUAUGUUUGAUGGUGCUUAUGUUGUUUCUCUUCUCCCUCGUCAUCCUCUUCGCCUGCAAGCCAUGGCGCUACCUUCCCCUUUUCCGAUCCUCUCGUUUCUCUACCUUCAAGUUGGGGGAUUUGCAGAGGCCGCUUGUAACUGAUGAUGAGCAUUUGAUCCAAGGACAAACCAGUGAGGAGGGGUCAAGGGAAUAUGAUUUAGAGGGAGCUUGUUACCAGAAUGAAGGCCUUUUGCAAGGGGGACAGGCUUACAAACCAAGGCUUCCUUCUUCUUCUCCUCUUCUCAACCAAGGUCAAACGCUUAAACAUCCAGCUGGCAGAGUUAGCGUGGAAGAAGUGGAAACGGAUGACUUGCAGGAUAACAACACAAGUCAGAACCUACAACAUGAUCUGGAAAAGGAUACACUUUCCGACCUUUCUCCAGGGCUUGUUUCCGAGCUUUCUCCAGGGCUUGUCAAUGAUCAAAGAAGUUGGCUGUGCCUGGAGGUCAUUUCUGGUCCUUCCAUUGGGAUUCAACUUGCUGUUGACUCCCUAAGUACUUCCAAGCUGCCAUUGAACCUUGGAAGGGUUCCUCCUUCUUCUAUGAUAUUGAAGGACCCAGAGGUUUCAGGGAAUCAUGCACAAAUUACAUGGAACUCUACUAUAUCUAAAUGGGAGCUGGUAGACAUGGGUAGUCUAAAUGGAACUCUCUUGAACUCUCGGUCAGUACGUCAUCCUGAUAUAGGCAGCCGAAAGUGGGGUCAACCCGUCGGGCUUGCAAGUGAAGAUAUAAUAACUUUGGGAACAACGACUAAGGUCUAUGUCCUUAUCUCAUCUCAGAAUGAGUUUAAGACACCGUUCAGAAUUGGUGUGGCCUCAGAUCCCAUGGCUUUACGUCGAGGAGGCAGGAAACUUCCAAUGGAAGAUGUUUGUUAUUACAAGUGGCCGCUUCCUGGGGUUAAUAAGUUUGGGCUGUUUUGUGUUUGUGAUGGACAUGGGGGAGCUGGGGCUGCUCAAUCCGCAGUAAAAAUUAUUCCGGAGGUUCUGGCGAAUAUUUUAUCAGACUCUCUGGAGAAGGAGAAAGUGUUAUCACAGCGAGAUGCUACGGAUGUCCUGAGGGUCGUGCUUGCGAAAACAGAAGCACGCUUGAAUGAUCACCUAUAUGAGGGUUGUACAGCUACUGUUCUCUUAGUCUGGAAAGACAGUGAAGAAAAUUUCUUCGCACAAUGUGCCAAUCUUGGUGAUUCAGCAUGUGUAAUCAACCUUGAUGGGAGAUAUAUACAAAUGACUGAAGAUCAUCGAGUGAGUAGCUUGACCGAGAGAAAACGAAUUCAAGAAGCAGGACUAGCUUUGAAAGAAGGAGUUACUAGGAUCCAUGGUAUAAACCUUGCGCGGAUGCUUGGAGACAAAUUUAUAAAGGAGCAAGACGAACGUUUCAGCGCAGAGCCUUAUAUAAGUGAACCUUUGCGUAUCGAUCAAUCUAAUAAAGACGUGUUUGCUGUAUUGGCUAGUGAUGGACUAUGGGAUGUGGUGAGUCCGAAGAAGGCUGUCCAGCUGGUGCUUCAGAUGCGAGAGAAAGAGAGCGGGACAGAAGAUGGUGCAGAGAAAAUAGCAAAGGGUUUACUUGAUCAAGCUAAUGUGAUGCGUACAAAGGACAACACCACCAUUAUGUACUUAGAUUUUGAUCUUUCUUUGUAAUAUAUUUGGGAAGUGUCUGUGUACAAUCUUUUGUUCAUGUGUUAGUAUCUUAGGGUAUAUGAGAAAAAACCUCAGAUGCAGAACUUAUAAAAUAAUAAUUAUUAAAUCGAAUGUUCUCUUUUUUUU